GAUCUCUCCCCGCUCUGUGUCUACUCUCCUCAUGUCGUCACGCCGACCGGGGAUUCCCACGCCACCGAGACUGCAGUUCGUGGAUUUCACUGACUCUCAAGAAUGGCUCGUGCCCUCGUGCCCCUCACUGCGCUGCUGCUGGCGUCACAUGGAGUGCUGUGUGAGGCUCAGGUGACGGCGGCGGACGGGCAGGAGCUUGAGGAGCCCGCGCAGAGCUUGAGAGGCUCCGCCAAUGCCAGUCCCACCUCAACGCCUCCGCCCACCGUCAAGUUGCAGGAGGAGUGCCGCGUCCUGGAGAGAUUCAAUGCGACCAUCCAGCCGGGCGACUAUCGGAAGAUCUCCGUCGAUCUGGUAAGACGAGUAAGUCAGCCAGCCGACACCUCCAGCAUGUGCAACCCCUUCUCAUCCGUUCAGGAUGAGCUCCGCAGUGAUGGCUUUGCUGAGGUGGUUGUCGCAUCGAAUUCGCUUCGAGGUGAUAGAGAUCUCUUAAAGUUUCUUGACAGGUGAGAGGGGCGAAACGCGCAUAGAUACAUCGAUGUUCUAGAACCUCUUCUCGUCCCUUCAGGAUCGUUUCCGCUGUCAGUUCCAGAGUGAUUGUCGCUUCGAAUUCGAUCCUUGGCGACGCAGACAUCUUCACGUUUCUGGACAGGUAAGGAGCAGGUGAGAUGCACACAGACACAUCGACAUUCACUACGUGCUCGUGCAGGAAGAAAUGGGGCUCGGAAUCUACCGUCGUGUCCAGCACGAGCACGUCGCUUCAGCCGUCGUGUCUUUCUGAAGAGGGUCAUGCCGAUGAUUUUGAGGAUGAGGUUACGUACCGUCUGGAUGGAAAUGACUCAGAGGAUCUCCAGGCAUACAAUAUGUCGUUGGCGAUAAAUGCCUCUCUUCUGGAGGCAUAUAUUGUGCCGUUCGGCAACGACACAGCUCAAGUGGUACGCCGUCGUUUCUACCAUCCGACUGGCCACGAUAGCAGGGAUUGUUUCUUGGCGGCAGGAUGUUGUCGUGUAUGUGGCUGAUGAUGAGUGCGAGAGGCCCGUGGAACGCGGAUGGUGCGAGGAAGUCUCCCCUGGAAGUGGAUGGAUAUUCUACACUCCUCCCUGCCCCCCUGGUAGUACGGUCUGCGGUGCUGGCCCCCGGCCCGGCCCAGAGAGGGGUGGGUAGUAAGAACACAAAAGAGAAUAUCUAGAAUAUCUAUGGGAGCUGUGCUGAUUUGUUCCUUAUGUCCUUCCUCAGGUGGCUUUGAGCAACCAGACCAGGACGAUGCUGGCUUGUUUGGCCUUAGGCAAGAGACUGUGACGGCCGAAGCCGAUCAAGAUGGCAAUCGAUGACCAAGCAAAGCAAACAGCUGCCCACUCGGAUGGGAAGGCCUGCCUGUAGAGACCAUUAGAGACCAUUAGCAAUGUGUCCGCCUUCUUCCUGUGGGUGCAUUUACUGCUUCUCACAUGUCGCUCGUGAGGCGCUACUUUUGAUGUAUUCGUGUAGGCGUCUUUUAUGGACCGCUUUAAGUAGUUGUUUCGUUGUCAGAAUGUGUUUGUUCCAAUGGACGGACGAAUGAUUGGGACUGGGAAGUCCAUGCAGCCCGAGUGACGUAAAAGUGUACCGAC